UUGAGCACACUAUUUUUGAAAUAAUAGUAGCUGCUGUUAUUUAUAUUUAUAUUUAUAUUUAUAUUUAUAUUUAUAGCGUGCCAGGCACUUUUUAGGUGUUUACAGGUUACUUCACCUUAUUUCACCUCUCCAUGGGGUAAAUGUCACAAGCUUCAUUUAGCAGAAGAGGAAAACUGAAGGACAAACAGGAUGAGCAACUCGCCCAGUGGUUCCUCGUGAGCAUAUUGGCAGAGCUGGAUUCAAACUCAGAUCUCUCUGAGACCCAAGCCAGACACUCGGACCACGUCUGAAGAUGCAACUCAGCCGCCGUUUUCUGAUCAUCUUCUGGAUGCAGGGCUCUGCGCUAGGCACUGCAGUCCUGGGAUGCAGAGAGGAGUUUCCCAGAGGACGCUUCUCAGAAAGUUUACAGCCCGUUAGAGAACCUUAUGUAAUGUGGGUGUUUCUGUCCAGAAAGCACAAGUAGCUUGGAGGUAGCUGAGCAGAGGUUCCUGCUUGUGAGAUGUCCAAUUUCAUCUGUGACCCUUUCGGGGACAUUAAGCUGAGGCUUGGAAGUGUCCGGUACAAGCUUGGGGGCACAGUUUGCCCUAUGUGACAAUUAAUAUGUCUCUCUUUUCCCUGCGUCAGGGCUGGCAUUGGAGCUGAGAUGGGAAAUAUAUCAUCUUGGAUGUGUGUGCACACGCCUCUCUGCAUCCGUCUCUCACUGUCACCGCCUGGCCACCUCCUUUCCUCCAGCCCUGCCACCCAUACUCCAUCCUGGCCAGCCCUGUCCUUCCUCCAGGUUCCUUCUGUCUCCUUGGCCACACUGCCUUCCUCCUCGGCAACCAGCCUUUCCUCCUGCGCCCCCCUGGCCACCCCGGCCCUCUGCUCCCUCCCCUAGCCCCAUCCCUCGCAGCCUGCCCCCUCCCUUCCUCCCGACCCGCCUCCUGUGUCUCCCAGCCCUGCUCUGACGUGGGAGGUGAGGGGGUGGGGGGACGGAUGACUCACAGUGUUAUGAUGCAGUUCCACAACACACAGCUACAUUCACCCACAGACCGAGGUACAGACGAGAGACAACCUCUGGCCCCCCAGCAGCUGGCCAGCUUGGCAGCCCCAGUCUCGAGCCCCUAACUACUCUCCCCCGCCCCCAUCCCCUCCCCAAUUGAAGGAGCGGAAAGAGAAGAGAGAAGAGUGAGCAGAGAGAUUGAGAGAUUGAGAGAGAGAGAGAUAGACGGAGAUCUCUGGAGCAGACCUCAAGGUGACUUCCAUUUCUAUCUGGUUCACGUCUGGGGGGGCCCUGGCCGGGCAGCCCCCCCACAUUUCUCCUGCCCCGAAACACGGCUCUAGCCAACCUGCUUCGCUGCUUCACCUGCGACCGACUGUGUGGGGGCUGCACGGCGCCAGCCCCUCCAGCCCGCCAGGGCAUCGUCCUCCAGCCCGUCAUGCCCAGCUGCGACCCGGGCCCGGGCCCUGCCUGCCUCCCCGCCAAGACGUUCCGCAGCUACCUGCCUCGUUGCCACCGCACCUACAGCUGCGUCCACUGCCGUGCGCACCUGGCCAAACACGAUGAGCUUAUUUCCAAGUCUUUCCAAGGGAGCCAUGGCCGAGCCUACCUGUUUAACUCCGUGGUCAACGUGGGCUGUGGACCAGCCGAACAGCGCCUCCUGCUCACGGGGCUCCACUCAGUAGCUGAUAUUUUCUGCGAGAGCUGCAAAACCACGCUGGGCUGGAAAUACGAGCAGGCUUUUGAGACGAGCCAGAAGUACAAGGAGGGGAAGUACAUCAUUGAAAUGUCACACAUGGUGAAGGACAACGGCUGGGACUGAGGGGCUCAGGCAGGCUGUGCCCUUCCUCCGCAUGCCCACCCUCCCCGCACCCGUCCCCGGGCCCUGCCAAGCAGUCCAUACCAGCAUGAGUACUGCCCCACCCCUGGGGGGAACCCAGCUCCCGGCACCCCUCCCCCGCCUCCACCUCAUCACCCCCAGGCCCCUUUGGAACAGGGGUCUGGGGUGCCCCAGGGGUGUUCAAGGCUCAGGAGUGGGCAGCAGUCAGGGAGAGCCAGAACUGGGGAAAGGGGAUGGUUGCGGGUUCUUCUAGCCCUAAGAUCCUGAAAAUGGAGGGGAGAGCAGGGCGGAGAUCAGGCAGAGGACCAAGGGAGGACCCGUUUCUGCCCCAACCUCUUUUUGAGAGAACGGAGGACAAGUUUUGAGGCAUGGGGCUGGUAGAUCCCAGCCCACAGAAUAGCAGGUGAGAAGGGGCUCGAGUUGGGAGUGAAAUUUUGGUCUCAGACACUGCGACACACCGGAGUCUCUGAGGGUGAAGUUUCCCACUCCUGUUUGUAGGAGAAAGCAUUCGGGGGUGGAAGGAAAGAAAUCCCAGAUCCCAGGCCCUGGGAAAUGAAAGAAUCACAGGGGUUUCCAUUUUACUCCACUUGUUAGUUUAUCUUGGCACUAAAGAGGCACUUUCGAGUACGUGACUUUCGCCAGGGGGCGGGGUGGGAGAAGCUGCCGCUGGAACAGCCCCCACCCCCCCACUGGCUGUUUCCAGAGCGAGCAGUCCGUACGGGCAUUCUGAGGCCCAGCCACUGCUCCCUGGGACCCAGUCCCUUGGAGGGGAGGUGGGACAUCAGUGCCACGGGGCCAGGCUUCCUCGUGGCUGCCACCAGCGAACGAAACUUUUGUAUGAUACAUAAAGUGUUUGGGUCUAUUUUUAAUAAAAAGGGGAAAAGCAACCGUGAGGCACUCUCUCCUCUUGACUUUGCUUCCCAUGCACAGACCUUAACUUAUACUAUUCUGUCACACUCCCCCCAGUACCUGUCCCUUUAGGCCACUAGAGGGCAGCAAUUGCUUUGUCUGUGUCGAGACCCCACUUGAGCCCUCACCAGGGGGAUGGGUCUUCAGGUGAGGUUUGCUUAGUGAAGCGAGGGCUUUUGUGAGCAGUGUUUCCAAAGGGGGCAACCAAAACAGCGCCUCUUCCAGAGCCCUUGACAAUGAAUCAGGUAUUGCCUGGAUCCAGGAUUGGGCACCUGGAAGAGGCUCACCCCUGAACAAGGGUGUUCUUGGGUCCUAUUGCCUUUCAGCCUGGACUUGGAAUGUUUGGGUCAGCUCAUGGCCACACUCGAGGCUGAAAGGAAAAUCGAUCAAGCAAGGCAGCUUGAUCCAAAGUGGAACUGAACAGCUCAAGAUGGCAGCCAUCAGUGCAACCAUGUGACCCACGUGCAUUUUCGGGGCAGUGAUGUGAAAUUCCCAUUGUUGUUGGGUCACUGACAACCGCAGGGAGGACUGUACACAUCAUAAAAAUCACCUUUUG